AUGGCCGAAUACUACGAAGCGCUUGUGCUUUUUGACUACCAGCCGGUCUCGAUCGACGAGCUCCGCCUGUUCGAGGGCGAGCUGGUAGAGGUACGGGUUGGUGGGGAAGGUGUCGGCGAGGAAGAAGGGUGGCUCUACGGGUCAGAUCAGAGGGGUCGCCAUGGAACAUUCCCGGCCAACUAUGUGACGGACGCUAGUACCGCCGAUGCCGUUGCUCAGACCCUCCCCGGCGACAGCACUGACGCCAACAGUGGUGGGACCAGCGUCAUGUCCGCGGCUCUGCCAGGCGGAAUCUGGGGUGGUGGGCAUACAUCUCCUACCGACUUGCAAGACGACCAGGCAACGGCGCGCGCGACGGCGAGCCUUGGUCCUGCGCGCGGUGGGCUUCGGGAUGACGAACCCGUUGGAGCAGCGAAUUACCCUGGUUCAAACGCAGACAGGGAGGCUUUCACAUAUCAGGGGGAACAAGAACGAAGAUCACACAACCUAUAUACACCCGCCACCUCUGUGCACCAACAACACGACCACGCUGUAGACGAAGCAUCCCGGCCAGAACCGACGACCCACAACAGUGCUAUCGUGGAGGACGGCGUUGUCUCUGAUUUCUAUCGGCUGCCAGAUGGAUGGUUUCCGGCUACAGAUGAGGCUACGGGGGUGGUGUACUACUACACGGAGGACGGGCAGAGUUCGUGGACAAGACCACCCGCCACGACUGCUGCUACCGUCGAGCCGUCAUCGAUGGUGCGCGGUGGGGAUCAACUCAAAAGCAAUGGCAACGGCACCACGUUGACCGGUGCCACUCCAAGCGCCAGUUCGCUGGAUACCGUAGAAACCCAAAAAUUCGAUGGCGGCGACGACGAGCAAGAAAGGAAGGCGAGAGAUCUAGCGGCGGCGCGUAUCCAGGCCGUCGCUCGCGGGAAGCGUUACCGGAAAAACAACAACAACAGCGUACAAACAAAGGCCGUGGCCCACAACGAACACAAAGAAACUGAAGCAGGGAUAUCCGGUGGGCCGAAUGGUGGCGGCUGGCAUAAGUAUGCCGGUGACAACGCUGACAAUGGCAGCGUCGCAGCAGACAGGGGGGGGGGGUUGGCCUGGUCGAUGAUAAAAACUGAAAAGGAAGUAUCCGCUCCCCCGACCCUAAGCUCGGUGUCGCCGGAGACUGCUGCUGAAACCAGAGAGCACCAAGAAGCCAAGCUCGACAGAGGCGUGGAGAAGCUCAUCCUGUCCUUGGUGGAUGAACGGAUCAUGGCGAGGUUAGUGUCGACGGAGGCGACUAUCGCCGGUGGCGGCGGAGAAGGGGCGCCCGGCGCGGGGAAGAGAUCCCCGCCCCCACCGUCGCGUUCCCAGCCACUCCGCGCGCUCGUAGAUUGCGAGGAGCGCCUUUCCUACCGAGACCACCUCCGCGAUAGUAGCGGAGACAAAGCCGACCCUUUUCGCACCCCGGAGCGACGGAGACGGCGGGGAGACCAGCGAGCGCGAGGAGGAACAAGCAGGAACGCGCUGCGCAACGCCGCAUCGCCAUCCACGCUUCCUGGAACGGCAGACCCGCACUGCGCGGCGCUGGAGAAGCAGCAGGCCAGGGCCGCACAGGCCGUCGCCCUCGCCAAGCGGCACCGGUCCUACGACACCGGCGGCAACAACGGCGCCACCCGGGGGGGGCACGAACACCCCCAUCCCCGCAACGGCGGAGCCCCCCUCUACCCUCCUUCCUGGUACGACCCGAAGCAGGCAGACAGGUCGCGCCCCGACUCCGGCCUCGUCUUGGAGUAUGUCCACGGGUACGCUGGGGAGACGCCGGAUGUCCUAUCCGGCGGCGGCGUCGGCGGCGGCGGCAAGUUCGGCGGCGGCGUCGGCGGCGGUAGCGUUGGUGGGGGAAGAAACUCGGCAACGAGGAGCACCAACGUCGUGUGGCUUCGCAGCGGCGAGAUCGUUUACCCGGCAGCCGGGGUGGUCGUCAUCCACGACUUCGAGACCAACCGGCAGCGUUUCUUCACCGGUCAUGAUGAGCAGCAAGUCACCGCCGUCGCUGUGCACCCUCACCACGACAUCGUUGCCAGCGGGCAGGCGGGGAGAGAGGCCAUCGUGUGCCUGUUCGACGCCACUCGACGUCGGUCGGGGGCCGGCGGGGGUGGCAGGCGCGGCAGCGAGGAGAACCACAGCAGCGACGCCCGGACGGCGGGGGCCGUGCAAUCAUCGGGGGCGGCGACGGCCGUGGCGGCGCCGGUCUUCCUGCGGGAACUUUCACUUGGGAAGAGGAAAACUCGAGGGGUGGCAGCGCUCGAUUUCUCGCCGUGCGGCGACCUCAUCCUCGCCAUGGCCGGCGGCGAGGGCCAGUCCCUGAGCAUCUGGGACUGGCGGCGCGGGGAGCGGCUGGCCGCCGCUAGGGCAGAAUCCGUCCACCAACCCGCCAGCUCCGUCCGGUUCAACCCGUGGCUCUUCCUGCAGGGGAACAGCGCGGUAGCGGCCGGCCUUGGCCCCGCCGGCGCCGCGUGCUACACCCUGGUCAGCUGCGGGAAGAAGCACGUGAGGUUCUGGGCGCUGACUCGCGAGUGGUGCCCGCGACGCGGCGGCGGCGGCGGCGGCGGCGGCGGCGGCGGCGGGGUAGGCGUUGGCGGAGAAACGUACGAAGAUGGGAUGCGUGGGGGUGGAAGGGUUGGCGACGGCCGUGCUGCUGAGGAGGGGGAGCACGGCGAGGGCGGGGGGUGGAAGUGGAGUCUCAGCAGCCGGCCCGGCAACUUCGGGGUGCGGGGAGAGCUCGGCACAAUGACCUGCAUGGCGUUUAUCGGGGAGCCGCGAGCCGGCAAGGAGGAGCGGCAGCGGCGGAAGCGGCAAGCGACGGGGGGGGUGGAGGACGGCCGGCUGCCUUUACCAAUGGCGAGGGCAAUCACCGGGUCUGAGAAUGGACAGAUCUAUUUCUGGGAAAUUUCCGAAGCGGGGCAAGGGAAGCGUCACAACAAGCACCAAACCUCGCCAUCACACCACCAUCCGACAACAUUCUCGCCCAACCGGAGCGGUGGCGGCGGUGGGAGGACGGCGCACGAGCCGGUCGGGUGGCAACCGGGAGGCCGCCUGCUGGCGGUCGUGCCGAAGGCCCACGACGGAGCGAUAACCGACGUCUCCUACCUGCCUCACGGGGAAGAUGGUAGAACGCCUCCCGCGGAGGGGGUGGUAGAGGCGGAAGCGGCGCGAGUGAGGUUCGGCGGCGGAGCGGGGAAGGGAGAGGGAAGCGGCGGCGGGCAAGAAUGGGGACGGCUGGCGACGUGUGGGGGGAAGGGGACCCUGCGUCUGUGGAGCGUCGCCGGGGAGGGACCCUCCCCCCUCCAGCUGCUGCUCACCAUAUCGAUCUCGAACAGAGGUGUCGGGGUCGGCUACCCUCGGAGCGUGUCGUGGGACAGAUCGGGAACGACCCUGGCGCUGGGCACCGUCGGUAACGCCGUUGCUCUCGUUCAGCCAGGGGAGGGCACUGGCACCAGACCUGACCAAAAGAUGCGAGCGACCGGAAGCGUGAUGUUCAUGCUGGCGGUACAGGGACACACCGACUCUUGCAAAGCCCUGGCGCCGCACCCGACCCGACCGUGGUUCAUCACCGGAGGCACCGACGGCGUUCUCAGGCUCUGGGACGCGCGCUCGAGGAGGCAGCUGAGCGCCGCGCGGCUGGUGGGCAAAGUCUGCAGCGCGGCGUUCCACCCGGCCGGGGAGCUCGUUGCCGUAGGGAGCGAAGCCGGAGACUUUCUGCUGAUGGCAUUGAGACUGCCGCCGCGGAGGUCGUCCACGACACGCCACGAGGACCCAAACCGCCGACAAAAUGCCUCCGCGGAAGAAGAAAGAGACGAGAUGGCGUUGGGUUUCUCGUGGGACGUGCUCGCUCGGAAGCGAGUAAUCGGUGGGGGUGGCGGUGGCCCUAAUGGCCGCGCCCCUAGUAGCAUCAGCAACAGCAACAGCAUCGACAAGAGAGCAACGCCGGUGACCAAGCAGGGGAGCUUUCACAGGGAUGGAGGUGCCACCAACGUCCCUGUCCCCGCAAGCGCCACUUUUGGGGGCGGCGAGGGCGGCUUGGCCGAGACAGUCGGCGGCGAGGCUGCACGCAACGGAGGCGGCGGCGGAGAAGGGGUUGGAGCCGACCACCGACAUCGACAACCAGGACCCGUAAAGUUCGCACCAAGACCAGACAACGACGAGUACGACGGUAUUGCCGGCACGUCAUUGUCACCGCCGCGGCCUGCGAAAGGAAACAAGGACGGGCUCCCGUCACCUCAUUGUUGCGGGUCAUACGCGGCGAUGGGGGCAUCGGCCGCGGCGGCAGCGACAGCGGGGAAGGCGAUGAUAAGCGUCAGCGCAUUGCGCUUCUCUCCGGACGGCGGGGUCCUAGCGGCGGCGUGUGGGAUGUCGAUAUUCCUCUACUCUGAGGCAACAGCGGCGGCACCGGCGGCGGAGAACGGGGCGGGGGCCGGGACCGCCCGGGAGGCGGCCAUGGCACCCGACAGAGAGGGCCGUGUCGCCAGUGGUGGUGACAGAAACGGCAGAAGAAGUGACGGCACCGGUGGAGUGAAAGGGAGCUACCACCGGUACGCGGUGUGCACUGGGCACGUGAGCAAGGUCAAAUCCUUUGACUUCAGCCGCGACGGGUCCGUCCUGCAGAGCAACGACGCAUCUGGCGAGCUCCUUUUCUGGAAGGCGUCGAGCGGAAAGCAGAUAUCCCACGGAUUCAGCGUCAGAGACGUGGAGAUGGAUUCGUGGUCAUGCCCGGAGGGUUGGCCGGCGCAGGGGCUCCGGGGCAAUCGGGCUGGUGGGGGGGUAGCGGACGGUGGAGGAGGGGAGGACGUCGGGGCGGGUGUUACAGUGGUGUGUCGUUCGAAGGCGGAGGACGUGAUGGCGGCGGGUGACGGGGACGGGUGCAUCAGGGUUAUGCGCAACCCCGCUCCCUUGGGCGGCGAGGCCCGGAUGAACUGGGGGCACAAGUCCGCGAGUGGAGUGUCGGGGAUAUCUUUUCUUUGCGACGACCGCAGGCUGGUCUCCGUCGGUGGCACAUGUGUCUUCGUCUGGAGGCACGUGCGGCGUCCAUCCCCACAUGACAAAACGGGACAGAACAACGACCGCCACAACUAG